AAUCUUCCUCUUCGCGCCACUCAGGUGUAAUAUAGGUGGGGAAAAACGACUCAUCUCAGUUAAAAUAUUGUUAACUGAAUCUAUAUAUUCUACUUAUCCUGCUGGCUCGAUGAUAUUUCCCAAAAAACUACCUCACAACACACACGCCGGCUCAAAUACGUGGUUUAAUGUUGUUUUUGUGAUUCCAUCUCCCUCUUAUUGUUAUAUGCAAUCGUCAUGCGAACACAGGUGCUUCUUUUGUUGCUGUGCUCGACGUUGAACUUCGUUGUAGCCGUUGUGAAUACUGGACAAACGAAGACAGCUGUCGAAGAAUCCUCUGAAAACUCUAGUGGAAAUAAGGAAGAAAAUAGUGGAAGAAGACCUUCGGAAAGCAGCGAAGACUUGACUCAGGAGGGUUCUGAAACGAGCAAUCGACGUGAAGCCACUGACCAUUCUUAUUUGCCACCUAUAUCAACCAGCGCUUUAAAUCUACCCAUUCCGGUUUACGGAGCACCCGAUGCUCCUUCCAACAACGUGGUUUACCCUGCGCCACCUCCAGAUGUCCCGCCAGCGCCUCCAUCCUCGCUGUACGGACCUCCAAGCUUAGGUAAAGUUUACGGAGUGCCUCAGGUUAAUCCUUUGCCACCACUUGCACAAAAUUAUGGACCUCCACCUAUAAAAUAUGGCGCCCCACUUAAUUUUGGCAAAUACCCCUUGCCUUCUAAACCAGUAUAUGGACCUCCAAAACUUUCCUAUGGACCUCCAGUAAAACCUUUCAAAUUUCAUAAGUUUCCUCAGAAGAAUUUUGGUUUAAAACCUCCAAAACCGAUAUACGGUUUGCCGUCUAAUUACAAAAACACAAUUAACUAUAAUAAUAUAAACUUUAACAACAACAAUCAUCAAGCACUGCACACAAGUUCAUUUUCUUCGAGCAACAGUCUUUCCUCUCUAUAUAACGGCUUAUCAAGUCUCAAUUAUCAGUAUGGAGCACCAGUACUGCCUCCAAAGCCAGCUCUUUCUGUACAAUACGGUGUCCCGAACAUAGGAGUGUCAACCAGUUAUGGAGUACCAGAAAAGAACAUUGUAGAGCCUCCAGCCUUUGCUUAUGGUCCGCCUCAACCAUCUCCAAAUCCAAAACCGCCACAUCCAGGGGCACCAGCUCCUCCAACGCCUCCCGAUAUUAAAUACGACGGCUGGCAGCCCAUUCCUGGGUUAGUUUCUAAGAGGCCUGUUGAGGAAGUUCACCAAUUUAGUUCCCAGGGGGCAGGCUAUGAUUUGUCUCCCCCACCUUUAAGUAGCAAUUACGGAGCUCCUCAGAUAUCUGUGGACAUAAGUCACGAAAAUAACGGUUUGGGCGAUUCAUAUAAUGCUCCAGUCGUUAGUUCAGGAAAUAAAGGCGUUACAGACUCCUACAGUGCUCCUCUAGGAAGCGUGACUGGGUCUGGGGGAGUAGUCAGUUCAUCGUUUAACACAAACCAAGGUUCCUCGUCAGUUUCACAAACAGAUUCUCACAGCAUAAGUCUAGAUUUGUCAUCGAUAGGCUUGGGUCAUGGUGCCGACAUUCAGAGUAGCGUUGGUUAUGAAAUUUUCCCUCAAAGUUCUUCAGGAAUAAAUGGAGACUCUCAGAUUAAGUUAGAUGCUACGUACGGACCUCCCCAAGCAAACAUUGUCGGUUCGAGCAGCUCCAGUCAUUCAUUUGACUCGUUCGGGCCAUCGUUCCAAAACAGUUACAACCAACAAGGUCAUAAAGAAUCUGGAUUGAGUUUAACCGUAGGCUUAGUUCCCCCUGGAGGUACCUAUGGAGCACCUCCAAGCAGUCAGUAUGGAGCUCCAUUACAUACAAACACUCACACUAAUUACAAACCUGCAAGGAGGCCUAUUUUACAUAAAGAACCUCUUCCUCAUGGUGUAUUCCAAAAUAUAGCCAAAGAAUCUUUCCAUAAAGACUUAAAAACAUUUGGAUCCGGAUCUAGUGACUCUUAUCUGCCUCCACCGCCCUCAUCCUUGCCUAGUACGUCAUAUGGCGUUCCUAGCAGUAAUGCUGCUAUUUCUUUCCAAAAUCUGGCACACGGAUCUUCCACAGCUGGCAUAGAUCAUCACUUACAACUAGAAACUGUUAAUGCUCUUCCUUUGACGAGUUACACUAGUCCCUUAGGCUCUAUUGAUGGAAGUUAUGGCAUAUCUUCUUCAGGUGGUUCCAGCGUAGGGUUAGAUUAUUCACAACCACCGAUAACUAUUGACUUAACUCAAGGCAAACAAUUCGGACUAUCUCACGACUGUAAUCUUCACAAACAACUUCAAGUGCCAUCCUUAGCUUACGGAGUGCCAUCAGCUGAUAGCUACACAUCUUCUCUUUCAAGCCUCACAACCAACAUCGCCAUCUCUCAACCUCAGACUGUAGUUCCACAACCAACUUAUGGAGUACCGCAAGGUCACAUUUCUGUGCCUUCCGCGGAAUAUGGACCGGCAGAUUUAGAUCACAGCUCGUCUGUUAAGUCUGAAGUGAAAGCAAACACCGUGAGCGAAUCAGAGGAAGAAACACAUGGAAAGAGUUAUGGAAAAUCCGUAGCGGAGAGUUUUGGUCCAAACAGCGAACUAGUAGAGUCUCAAAGUAUAGAUCUAAAUAAUAUUCCAUUACAGGGAAGUUUAGGAAGUUACACGCUUCAAAUUCAGUCCUCUGAUGGAGGUGUUGGAGUAGUACCGCACACACAAGUUUUGAAUGAAGGACUCUUGCAGUCCAUUCUCCAAGCUAUAGAACAACCUGGUCAAAAAGGAGAAAAUAAAUAUCCUAUAAUAUUACAGCCAAGCGUUCAACAGAAGAGUUAUGCACAUAAUAGAACAGAAAGCGAUUUUAUCAACAAUCAGCCUCAAGCUUCAGAAAUAAACGAGGUAAUCGUUGAGGCACCAAAGGAAAACAGUGUUGAAGAUAAUCCCGAAAGCUCAGACAAUGAGGAAACUUUACAAUUAUUAGAUACAAGUAACAUAGCUCUUUACUACAAAAAAGAAGACGACUCUAAGAAGAACGAAAUCGGCGAUAAGUCAGAUGAAAACAAAGUGGACGACGAAGAAAAUUAGAAAAAUAUUAAGUGAUAAUAUGUAAAAAAAUAAUUGCUCAAGUUUUGUUUGCCAUUGAGUGUUUUGGAAGUCUCGUUAAUUUAAAAAAAAAUAAAGAAUAACAUUUAUUUCUUAUUGUAAAAAGAGAAAAAAUAAGUUAUGAAAAUGUUAUUGCUUUAAGUUGUACAUAGGAGAAGCAUUUUGCUUAGUUAAUUAAUUUAUUUGU